UGUAGUUGGACUUGUUCUCGUCCUUAUCGACGCAAUCAGCUGUUUUUGCCGGCGAUGUCUCGUAUACGUCAUAACACUUGUUAUUGAGAUAUAGAUUUGGAUCAUCGCUCGUUUGUGCGGAAUUACGAUUAAGAAACUUAUAAGCUGCUUCCUUUACAAUCCCGUCGUUUUUAUAUUCGCAAUUAGUCGUGUAACCUAAAAUAUAUACAACAAUGGAUAAUCUAGAAGUCGACGACAGCGGAGCCAGCGAAUUGAACGAGAGUCAUACUAAUGAGGAGAAUGUGCAAGGAGAUUUACAGGGGACUGAUAAUGCCCUGCCCGCGGGCGACGAGGAGCAGCGAGAGAAAUUAUCGCGACUGCCCCUGGGAAGGAUAAAGACGAUCAUCAAAAUGGAUCCUGAAGUCACUUUAGUCAAUCAGGAGGCUGUCUUUCUGACAGCGAAAUCAGUGGAAUUAUUUAUCGAAUCGCUUGCGAAGGAAGCUUAUAAAUAUACCGUGCAAGCAAAGAAAAGGACUGUACAAAAACGCGAUGUAGAAAGCGCGAUUGAUAACGUCGAUGCGCUUGUAUUUCUAGAAGGUAUGCUCGACUAAACUUUAUAAUGUAAUUAUAAAUCUGUUGUGUUAUAAAGUUGGAGAAAUUUGUAUCAUAAAAAUAUAUUUUUUUACUCUAUUAAUAAAACAGCAAAUAAUA